AAUACGUAACGCGUUGUUAGAAUGUAUUGUUCCCUUUUUCUAUUGUAGGUAGCCGAUUUUUUCCAAUUCUUUUAAAAGUUCCGUGGGUUUUUUCCUUCCUUUUUUCAGAUUUUCCUGAAGAAUCGCAAUUAAGUAAACCAGUAAUUCUCAAACUUCGGGUCGGCAUUAGAACGUGAAUUAAAAUCAAGAAGAAAGUGUUAACGUAAAACCAUUCAGCAUUUCAUUUUCAUUCUACUCGGCAAUUCAGGAGUACUACGUCACAGUUAUAAACGUUGUAUAUUGUACUCUCUUCUUCAUGCUCGCUCAGGGCAAGAAAUAAGCCAUCGACGGGAGGCAGAGAGCUCUCUGAGUCCCGCUUUUUUAAAGCCCACUAGAAGCGAAGAAAGAAGCCAUCGACGGGAAGGCAGAGAGCUCUCUGAUUCCCGCUUUUUUAAAGCCCACUAAGGGCAAAGAAAGAAGCCAUCGACGGGAGGCAGAGGGACACUGUGUCUCGCUCUCUUUAAGAAAUUAAAGCAAAGAGAAAGAUCGAAGAUCUGAAAAAUGCACAAUCGCAAAUAACCACGGAAACAAGGAUGUACACAACCAAGGAACCACAUUUACUAACAACUGCCUUCGAUACAAACGUAAUAAAUGUCAUUAUAAUUGUCGUAUACUGUUUAAUGAUGUCCAUCAUCUUCAUAAUCGGAUUUUUCAGCCUCAUCAAAUCGGAUAAGCGCACUGUAAAGGCUGUGGCUUCUCCCGAAGACACCAUCAGAAUUCAGAAACGAAUUAGUGAAUUACAAGCAGAAAAAAUGGAUUCGAAAUCAGAAAACAUCUUUCAUACCGAACCGCCAUCAUCUAUGCAAAUGCCAUUCGAUUCUAUUAAGGAACAACUAGAUGAUGAAGAAUUAGAACUGUUAGAACCGAAGGAAAAAGGCAUAAUCAGUAAGCAAGAUACGGGAGUUUGUGAACAAAACGUUGAUUUUCGAACUAGUAUCUGCGAAGAAGAUGUUAAUAUUAAAAAUGAAACAAGUUUAGAUGUUUUCGAAGAACCUGCUUACGAAAUUAUUGAAAAUCCUACAAGUGAAGAAAUUAGGAUAAUUGGAGAAGAUGAAGACAUCGACGAAGAAAUGUAUGAAAUUUUAGAAUAUUUUGAAGAAGAAGAAGAAGAAGUAGAAGAAGAGAUUAAUUAAAUUAAUUAAUUACAAACGAUAUAAAUUAAUAAAAUA